AUGCCACUACUGCCAAAAUCUAAAACUCAAAAAUUAAACAAAAAGUCAUCAUCAUCAUCAACUGCAGUUUCAUUAAUAACGCUGUUUCGCUUUGCCACAGGAUUAGAUUUUGUUUGUAUUAUACUGGGUACAAUUUUUGCACUUGGACAUGGUGCAGCUACACCAUUACUGAUGUUAGUAUUUGGUAAUAUUAUUAACGACUUUACCGGUCGAACAUCGGAAUACUGUUUAUGGAAUUUUGAUAAUAUUAAUCAAAAAUAUUGUCCCACUGGUGUUACAUUAACGCCAUCAAAUUUUCUCACGGAAUACAAACGAUGUAAUUUUACUGGAUCUAAUAUUACAGUACCAACAGCGAAUGUCUUUACUGACAAUAUUCGUCAACAGACUUCAUACAUAGUUGCUUUUAUUGAAGGCUGGAAAAUGACAUUAGUUGUUCUCUCAAUGGCACCAUUGUUAGCAUUAGCUGUUGGUGUUUUUGCAAAAAUGACAGCAAAACUGACAGUUGAUGAAUUACAAGCAUAUGCAGAAGCGGGCUCUCUAGCUGAAGAAGUAUUCAGUUCUAUAAGAACAGUAUUUGCCUUCAACGGAGAAGAAUAUUCGCAAAAACGAUUUGAUAAACAUUUACAGUCCGCUAAACGUCAAGGUAUACGAAAGGGCUCUACAAAUGGCCUUCUUAUGGGAUUUUUAUGGCUAAUUAUAUUUUGUACAUAUGCACUCGGUUUCUGGUAUGGAGCCAAAACGAUUCGAGAUGAUAACUAUGAUGUUGGAAGCGUCAUGAUUCCUAGAGGUAUAGACGACAUAACAUCUAGACAAACACAACUUGAUUCACAGAAAAGAAAAAUUAAAGGCGAUAUAGAAUUUAUAAAUGUUCAUUUUGCUUAUCCGUCAAGAAAAGAUGUAAAAAUUCUAAACGGUUUAAGUUUUACGGCUAGACAAGGUGAAACGGUGGCCUUGGCUGGUAGUGUUGGUUGUGGAAAAAGCACAUGCAUUCAAUUAAUACAACGAUUUUAUGAAGCAACAUCGGGAGAUAUACUUAUUGAUGGUGUGCCAAUACGGGAAUACGAUCCCUAUAUCCUAAGACAGCAUAUAGGUGUUGUGAGCCAAGAACCGUUUUUAUUUAGUCGAACAAUAAGAGAAAAUAUUCGGUUUGGAAAACAAGGACAAAUAGCAACAGAUAUGGAAAUUGAACAGGUUGCAAAACAAGCAAAUGCACACGAUUUUAUUGAACAAUUAGGAAAGACGAAAUAUGAUACAGUAAUAGGAAGUGGAGACUCGCAGUUAUCCGGUGGCCAAAAACAACGUGUGGCAAUCGCACGAGGAUUAUUACGAAAUCCAGUUAUAUUGUUACUUGAUGAGUCAACUAGUGCUUUGGAUUAUGAAAGCGAGAGAAGUGUGCAGGACGCAUUGGAUGAAGCUUCGAAAGGGCGAACAACCAUCGUAGUUGCUCAUCGUCUUUCGACUGUUCGUAAUGCCGAUAAAAUAAUUGUACUUGACAAAGGUAAAAUCAUUGAACAAGGGACACAUGAAACAUUAAUGAAGAUUGAGAAUGGGAAAUAUUGUGAAUUAGUUGAAUUACAAAAAUUACAAAAUAUGAAUGAUAUAGAAGACGAAGAAAGAGAGAAAAAAACAGGUAAACAGCUUUAUCUCGGGUCACGGCUGGAAUUAGAAGGAUCCAAGUGUCUCAGAUUUUUUCCUUACAGUCAGUCUGAAGAUUUUCGGUUAAAAAGAUUCCUUCAACUGUAAAUUACGGAGAAAAACCGAUGGAAAGUUUCGAUCAGAUGGCUAGGAACGUUACUGAGUGGUACGUUUUUGUGAGUUCGAACUGUCUGUGGCGCACACAACACAAUGUUUUUCUCUAGAGGUUCUCUCUACAAACUAUACCAGGCGCAAUAUGUCAAGGUAACUUUGGAAAACUAAGUUUCUUAGAUUACUGAUGGACGUUGUCUAACAGAAGUCUGUAGUCCCAAAGAUAAAGCAACAUCUUUCGCGAUUCGAUUGGGUCAGAGGUCAAUUUACGAGUGUUAUCGUUCUCGAACAAGAACUGUGGUCCUAACUGCAUGUUUCUCACAUGAAGGAACGGCAAUUGUAGAGUGUAGACAAAGAAUAAACCAAAAUUAUGUUAACCGAGAGUUACUUAAUUAUAAAGAGUUUUGUAGAUUUCGACUUGUUUGAAUGUACUCUUUACCCAUAGCAGAAUAUGGUUUUAUUCCACUAAAAUGUGGUGUAAAAGUACAAUUCACGAUUGUUAACGUACAUCAAUAUGUUUGGUCAAGCAACAGAUCAGACUAUUUGAUUUUUCGAUCUCUUUUUAAUUAAAAAAAGUCAAAUUAUUUUGGUAAAUAAUGUAUAUCAAUAGUAUAAACAUAUUUGCCUUAGCACUGCGUGGAUCUUUGACAAAAAUCUACUUUUCAUCUUACAAGCAACGGUUUUGUGAGGUCUAAUGGUACAAUUCAUUUUCAUUUUUUGAAUUUCACUAGCUGUCAUCAAUCAAUGGCUAAGUGAACGAAAGACACAGGAGAGUGCUAGUGUUUGUAUCCCUAUUGGAGCUGAUGCCUUUCUUUAUUUUUUUAUAAAAUUUACAAGUUCACUAACGAUUCUUCCACUAAUAGUUUAUAACGAUGUUUCUCAAAUACGUCAAAAACUCGUGGCUUAAUAAUAAAAUUUUCUAUUUAUUCUUUAUAACUUCGUAAUCAUGUUAAACCAAGUU